GAGUGACGACCCAGCCCCUGCUGCAGUCUGUGCUGAUGCGAACGUGAUGUGUCACUUCCUUCGCGCACCUGAGCUUCGCCGUCGGUGAGACUGAUAUAACUGCUGCGAGGAGUAGCCGUGAGCAGAGCGGAGACUAGAGGAGAGAUUCUCGAGGAGGUGCCGGUCGCCCGGAGAUUUCGCGCUGCGAACAAUGUCGAGCUCUCUAAAGCCUUACCUCACAGCAGUGAGGCGCACGCUGACUGCUGCAAUGUGUCUGGAAAACUUUUCCUCACAGAUUGUGGAAAAGCACAACAAGCCAGAGGUAGAAGUGCAGGCGAGCAAAGAGUUGCUCCUGACGCCAAUACUGAUAAGUAGGAAUGCCAACGAGAAGGUCCUGAUCGAAUCUAGUAUAAAUAGCAUGAGAAUAAACAUAGCUGUGAAACAAGUGGACGACCUGGAGAGAAUCCUGUGUCACAAGUUCACCAGAUUCAUGAUGAUGCGAGCAGAAAACUUUAUGAUCUUGAGGAGGAAGCCUAUACCGGGUUAUGACAUUAGCUUCCUGAUCACAAACAUCCACACGGAGCAAAUGUAUAAACACAAAAUUGUGGACUUUGUUAUUCAUUUUAUGGAAGAAAUUGAUAGAGAAAUCAGUGAAAUGAAACUGUCAAUGAAUGCUAGAGCUCGCACAUGUGCCGAAGAGUUUUUGAAGAGGUUCUAGUCCCAAGCUCCUGGAAGGUACUAAGAAGAUUCAAAGAAUUCAAAAAUGCAAUUGUGACAAGGAUGUAUUCUGUUGAGAAAACCACCUAUCGUCUGUUAUAUCUAUCUCUGGUUUCGUGCACUCUGGAGUAGUACCAAACUUUACCUUGUUAUCGCUGUUGGUAGUGCAACGUACGAGUGGAGAUCGACGUGCUAAGAAAAAGAAAAAUAAUGAACUGUGGGUGCUCUAAAGUCUGUUCUGCGAACGCAAGCACAAGGAAGCAUAAACAUGAGUGUGAAUGUAAUUUUUUGUACGUGUGUAGUGAUCUUAAGCAAAGAAUACUAGAGUACCGUUUACCGACACUUUUAUCGUUGCACUUUACUUGAAUAAUUAUUGUUAUACACCCGAAUUUUUGACAGCCUUCUUUUUUAAAAUCGCCAACGAGAAAAUUUUCAGAAAUAUGUUCUGUGCUCUGAAAAUCGAUGCAUUUGUAUAAGAGCCCGCAGUUUUAUAUACCUGUAAUGAUAACCAUUCGAGUAAUUUGCAAGAGUGAAUGUGCCAGUAAGCGUGUGUGUCUGGUGAGAGAGGAUUUAACAAAGUUUAAGGGAGUUAACAGCGAAGGCAUUUAUUUGAGUAAAACCAAUUUGCGAUUGGUUGUAACCACUGGUCACAAAAGCAUGGGCGCUCCGCGUUUAGUGACGAGGGGACGUUCUAUUCGCAAAACGCGUUACUUUGUUCAGACUCACGAUCUUUUUUUAUCGAGUCGCAAUAUUAUUUUAAGGUUCGCGAAUAUUCCGACUGAGAUUGGCGUUCGUCGCAGUGUGUCGCUUCUUUUUUUAUUUACGAGUCUAAUUUUACACGUGUAUUUUACAGUAUCCGAAAAUCAGCCGAAGAGUCCUGAGAAAGAAAGUUUUUGUAAUUGUAUCUUUUGUCCCACGAUCAAGCCUCGAAUCAAUUGAAUAAUAAUGAUACGCAUGAUGAAUUUUACAUGAAAUUUGAUAACCGUUGACAAAGUUUCUAAUAAAUAUACACACGACUAUACCACUAAUACGAAUUAUACGCAGAAAGAAGUACGCAUAUAUGAUUGUCAAUGAUUUUUUCCUCGAGAUGCCAAGAAUUUUUCGUAUAAGCGCGA